AUGACGUUGUUCGUGUUGCUGUGUCGGCAGCGGGUGGUGCGCGGCGCGGCGGGCAGCGUGCUGGUGCUGGUGGCGUGGCUGUGGCUGGCGCUGGGGGCGCGCGCCCUGCUGGCCGGGCUGCGCGCGCCGCAGUUCGCCGCCGCCGACAACCCGGCGGCGCGCUGCCCCUCGGCGCUGGCGCGCGCGCUCACCUUCCUCUACCUGCCGGCGGCCAACGCCUGGCUGCUGCUCUGCCCCGCCGUGCUCAGCUUCGACUGGUCCAUGGACGCCGUUCCGCGCGUGCUGUCGCUGCUGGACGCGCGCCUGCCGGCCGCCGCCGCGCUCUACGCCUCGCUGCUGCGCGCUCUCUCCGCCUCCUGGAGGAAGGCCGCCCCCGCGCCGCCCGCGCACAGGCGCCAGCGACCGCCCCCGCCGCCCCCGCGACUCCAGGCGGCAGCGUCUGCGGCGGCGGCGUCCGCCUGCGCGGUGCCCGCCCCCUGCCCCGUGUGCAGGCACUGCACCACCGACCAGCACUCGGCUCACUGCCGCAGCACCAACAACAACAACGCCAUCGCGGCGGGUGCCGAGUGCUACUGCGCGCCGGCGGGUAAGCACCACCGCCACCAACCGCAGCAGCAGCCGCACCAGCACCACCAGCACCACCACCACCAGCACCACCUGCCGCAGCGGCCGCGGCCGGGGCCCAGGCGGGCGCACGCGUCGGCCCCCGAGGUGCUGCUCAUCUCGCUGGCGUUCCUCGUGGUGCCGUUCCUGCCGGCGACCAACCUGCUGUUCUACGUGGGCUUCGUGCUGGCGGAGCGCGUGCUCUACAUGCCGAGCGUGGGCUGGUGCCUGCUGGUGGCGCUGGGCUGGCACCUGCUGGCCGAGCGCGCCGGCCGCCGCCUCGCCAUCGCCUGCGCGGCGCUGCUGCUGGUGGCGCUGAGCGCGCGCACGCUGCGUAGGAACCACGACUGGAGAGACGAGGAGAGCCUUUACCGCUCCGGCGUCGCCGUCAACCCGCCCAAAGCCUACGGGAACCUGGGCGCCGUGCUCAGCUCCCAGGGCCGGCUGGACGAGGCGGAGAAGGCCUUCCGGCUGGCCCUGCAGCAUAGGCCCAACAUGGCCGACGUCCACUACAACCUGGGCGUGCUGCUGCAGGGCCGUGAGCGCUAUGAGGAGGCGAUGCAGAGCCUGCGGCUGGCCAUCCAGUACCGACCAACGCUGGCAGUGGCUCACCUGCACCUGGCGCAGCUGCUGGAGCGGCAGGGCCGCUGCGCGGAGGCGGAGGAGCAGUACCGCCGCUGCUGGGAGGCGGACGGGUCGCGGGUUCGAGACCCGCGGGCGCACGAGGCGGCGCGCAUCCAGGCCAUGCUGCAGCUGGGCCGCCUCCGCGCCGACCAGGGCCGCCUCACGGAGGCCGUCGCCGCCUUCCAGGCCGCCGUCCGACACCGGCCGCCGCACUUCGCCCCGCAGAAUUAG